CCCGGCGAACCAUCUCCAUCAAUUCGAUCCCCCUCUCCUCGACUUCUCCCCCCAGAUCCGGUCCAUUGAGUCCUACGCCCAGCGGUCACCAUGGCGUCCAGAGAGCCCCAGUACGUUGAAAUCCUGCCAAUCCCCCAAUCGACCACUUCCACGGGUUACCCUUGACUACUACACCACCACGACAUAUAAUACGACACAUACAUACAUACAUACAUACUCGCAACGCAAUUGAACAAUGACCAGCUCUUUCUAACGGAAAUGACUACCUCAGGUUUAACCAGCAGGUGCUGGUCGACACGACCCCCAUGCCCGAUCACAUCCCCAAGGUGGAGGAGAUCGGUGCUACGUCGGCGCCGCUGUACAGCGCGGCCUACUUUAUCGGAGACCGCUGCAAGCCCUACAACGACGACUUCAUGAAGUGCAAGGACGAGUCGAACGGGCGCGGAGAGCUGGACUGUCUGAAGGAGGGUAGAAAGGUGACGCGCUGUGCGGCUAGCGUAAUCAAGGACAUCAACACCCACUGCCUGAAGUCGUUCACCGCUCACUGGGAGUGCCUCGAGAACAACAACCACAAGCUCUGGGAGUGCCGUGCGCAGGAGAUGAAGCUGAACAGCUGUGUUUUCGAGAAGCUGGGCCUGAAGAAGGAAAUCCCCGGAACCCCCGAGAACGUCGUCCCCGUGCACUUGCGCCCCAAGCAGAUCUACUCCGACUGGCCUGGUCGGCAAUAUUAAAGAAAUACAAAAUGAAAUAUUUUGAGGGGAGCAUAUAUCAUUGUGUUUUUCUUAACUGAACCACUACUACUAACUUAACGUGUCUUUUGUAUUCCGGU